AUGUUCACAAAGCCUGCAGAACGAUGCCUCAACACUAUGAGUGAAUCAUCCGUCAAGAAAGCCUUGUGCAUAUUGGCAUCCCACAUUUACACUCAGGAGGGAGGAAUAAAGUGGUUGAAUGAUCAACUUGGUCAAUUUGAUUGCACUGCAGAUGGUUUGAUAAACGAAGUCUUGACUGAUCCGGAACUCACACAACACCCAAUUGGGCAAGAGCUGCACCACAAGUAUCAUCUUCACAACAAUCCAAAUGAUGAAGACGUUGCUGAGUACCAAGUACCAGCUACUUCAACUGAUGACAAGGGCAAGAGUGCUCAUCCACUCCAAAAAUCUUUCACUUAUGCACCAAUUCAUCCUCAAGUACUUGUAGAGCAAGCGGAAAUUCUACACGGUGAAGAAUACGCUGGAAUCGCAAACCCAAACGAACAACCCGUCGAAGAACAAUCCCCUGAAGAAAUUAACCAAUUGGAAACUCCUGAGAACUCUUCUACAGCUCAUCCGUCGAGCGCAAAACACAGCUUGGCGACAUCAUCAAACGCGACUCCUUUUCCAUCACCAGCUCAUACUCCUUGUUCAUCCCCAGCUCCUUUGAACAAGCGAGGACACUCUAGCCAUGACAAUUCGGAUGAAGAAGAAAAUACCAAGCCUACUCGACCCCCAGCUAAAAAGCUCAAGAAAUCCAACACCCACACCAAAUCCUCCGCCCCAAUCUCCACCUCAACCUCCCCCACAACCACAACCACAACCAGCACCGCCAAUCCCCUCCCCCACAAACCCCCAACCGCAUCCACCACUCGCCGCCCCCCCUGGACCCCUCAAGAAACCGCCCAAGUCUACCAAUGUCUCGUCGCGCGACGAGAAAAAGAAGCCUCAAUCCCGGGUCUCGUAAAACUCUACGACGCACCACUUUGGUUACAUAUAUCCGAGGCACUAGCUGGUGUGUAUGGUAUUUAUCGUACUCCUAGUGGAUGUAAAGCUAAUUGGAAUCGAUGUGGUCGGGGUAAAUAUGGAUUUGAUGAACGGUCGGCUUUGAAGAGGUCGGAGGCUUUGGAUACUAGUUUGCAGGGUGGGAAGGGGAAGGGGAAGAGGGUUGUUAAGGAUGAGGAGGAGGAGGAGGAUGAUGAUGAUAAUGAUGAUGAAUAG